AUGAGAAUAAAAAUAUUUGAAUUACAUGUAGGUGCCGAUGUUGGUGAAAAUAUUCAAACCACUCCACUUCUGUCCGUGCAUACAUGGACUCGAAAUGAACAGCAUACUGAAAAUCACAUGGAAGGCAUUGCACGAAGAGAGAACGAACAAGUGACAAGCUUAGAACAUUAUGAAAACAUUCAAAUGAUACCGAUUCAAGAUAUUAUCUCAAUUAAAAUUUCAAGCGAGUUAAAAAGAACAAAUAAACGAAACACAAGCGAAUAUGUCACGACAUCAUCAAAUAAGAAUGAUCCUUCUCGCUCCCGCCCAUUGAAAAGUCGUUUUAUAAGAAGUUUUUUAUGUUGUGGUAACGGAACACCGAAAGUGAUAACAUCUACACAUAUCAACAAUCGGACAACUUAUUCAAUUCUUAUGAGAAUCGAAUAUCUUCGCCCUUGUUUAGCUCACAUACUCAACAAAACUCUCACUAUCUCACGAGAUCAGCCAACUAUAUCCUAUGAAGACCAAUCUCUAGCCAACAUAAUUGAAUUUUACUUUUCUAGAAGUGAUACUGAUGACGAGGUAGCAUGGAAAAAGAAGCUAGAAAGCAGUGAAGAAUUGGUACGUGCCAUUUUUCAACUCAAGAACUUGAAUAACUCUUACUAUGAUGUACAACAAGUUACACAACUUACCGAGAAACAUGAUUUCCAACCGUAUGGCUAUGUUCCUGAUAAAGAAACAAUAGAUACAAGUGGUUUAGUAUUAGAAUAG